AUGCCCGUGCCUCCGGGGGCUCCCCGGCCUGCUGGCUAUGGAGCCGUGGUGUUGCCGGUGAGGUGCGAGGCCAUGCGGCCGCAAGGUUUCGUGGCAGUGCCAUCCUUUCGCGUCGAAGCGCCAGCCGCUGCCUCGCCGAUGAUGAGGAAAGCUCCCGAUGUUCUUUCUGUCACGAGCGGCUGCGCACCGCGACAGGCAACUGUUCCGGUGCCCAUACAAGUCGCAUCUGGAUAUCAAGCCCUUCGACCACCAACUGCUCCACGCCGCCCGGCUGUGGCUGUGCCACUGGCACCCCGUGGUGUGGGCCCGGGCCCAGGUGCGACUACCUUUGGUGCGACUUCACCGGUCGCGGCACCCCGAGUGGUGCGAGUGCGAACAUCACCGUCGCCACGUCGCGUGGACAUUGCGCCCCAUGCAGAUGCAAUGCGGCUGCCAACACCUGCACGCGCGGUGCAGAUCCCCAUUGUGCAGUCCUCCACAGCCAUCACGGCUUUGUCUCCCGUGCAUCGCGCCCGGGUCAUUCUUCCUACGGACCGGAGUCCCAAGGCAUCUCCGGUGCUCCGGGGCUUCGGCUUUCCUCAGACCGUUGUGACCCGGAAGGCACCCGAAGUCGCCAAGGCAGAGGCGAAGCCCGAGGCCGUGCAGCCCGUGCAGCCCGUUCAGCCCGUUCAGCCCGAAGUCGCGAAGGAAGCUGCGGCCACCAAGAGUGUCGAUGCUCCCAAGGAGCCCCUCUCGGUCUCGUCGGACACAGCAAAAGAGGAGAAGGAGGAGAAGGAGAUAAAAGAGGCCGCCAAAGAAUCCAAGCGGGACGCGCAGGCAGGGCAAGGAGAGCACACGGACUCGCCGGACCUUCUGGGCGACUUUCGCUCCCAAACCUCCACGCAGGCCUCCGAGGUCAAAUGUGAAUCCCCUCAGAUCGCUGGAGUACCGGUACUCGAGGAGGAGGUUCGUAGUGUGCGGCCUUUGCCGCCACGGCCACAGCAUGCACCGGACCUCCGUGAAGUGAUGGCAGAACCCGUCGACGAUCCAGUUGGCUUUGCAUGGGAGUUCCUGCCGGACAGACAUCCAGUCGAGGCCGAGGGCGAGCGGCGCUUCGUCGGCGAGUGCCUCGCGCGUGUCGGGCUCGAGCUUCAGGUGGCCGGGGGUCUGGCGAGGUAUGUGCAGAAGAGAGAGGACUUGACGCAGCUCCACUGCCGACUUGAGGCCUCGGAAACCGAGAACAUCCCGCUCCAGGUCCUGCGCGUGGUGCUCGAGGAGACGCUGCAGGAAAGAGUUCGACGGGGUGGACAAGGCAUUUUCGUGCAAGCUGGAGUGAUGAUGUCCAUGGGCAACAAGAAGGUGGUGAAGAUCGCAUGCAGUUGCGACGGCAGUGAGGGCCACCUGUCAGUAUGUUGGGAUUGGGAUGUCAAGCUUGAGCCAAAGUGCGACCCCUAG